GCAGCGGGAUGCUCUGGCUUCUCCUGUCGCCGGUAAAGGUGUGUCGCAAAGAGCACGAAGUGCCCCGGCUGAAGGAAGGAGCACAGAACAGAGUACAAAACUGGGGCAAACAACUGAAGAUGUCAUCCUCUUUGGCUCAGGAGGUUCACCUUGCUAGAAGACAUGAGGAGAUACUGUCUCAGAGAUCAGAGCUGCUACAGCAGAUGGAGACUUAUCUAAGAGACAAAAAGACUAAAAAGACAUGGCAAACUCAAGCAGCUGAUGCAGCUCGUAAAAGGAAUGCAGCACUUUUAAAUGAUAUAGAAGCAGCAGAAAAAAGGCUGCAAGAAAGAAUGCAUUUACUUCAACAUCCCGAUACUGUUAAGUUAGAAACUCUCUAUUGGGCAUCAAUAAAAGAAUCUCUUCCCGAGUGGGAAGAGUUUCUUUUAGGAAGAGCAGAAGUUCCUAUUGGCUUUAAGAAAAUGACAGCUACAAAGCAGAGCAUAAACUACUCUGAAGAAGAUUCACAAAAAUAAAGAUUUUAGUUUCAUUUUGUUUUAUAAAUUAUAACUUAAACAGAGGAGAUCAUCCAGAUCGGGCAACAGAAUAUCAUGCCAUUAAACUGAAAUGGAAAUAAUUUAAAUGAAAAUUAAUUACAUAGGAUAAUUUCAUUCCAUUGUUGCAUUGUGUACAGUUCCUUUUUUUUAUUUUGUACUAGAGAAGCAAUCCUCAAACGGGCUUUUAGGAUCAAGAAUGAGAAACAUUGGUGUAUAGAUUUCCACCAAAGCAAUUGGCUUUUCAGUGUGAGAAGAGUUUUAUGUUAUUUUUAAUCCUCUGCUUCUACAUAUAAGUGCGAUAAGUAAAGACAGAUUCUUGCAUUAUCCUUCUUCACUUCAGUCAUCUGUGCUGCAUGCCUGCUCGUGGAUGAGGGAGAAAGGAAGAAUUUACUGUUAGCAGGGAAGGCAGACUGUGCAUCAGAGUAGCCUUGGUUUAGCACCAGGAAUCUGUGCAAGAACCUUCACGGGAGCAGUUGUAGAAGGAACAAACUUAAAUUUCUGCAUCUUGUUUUCCCUGAUUUUUUUGUCAUUGCCACUUUCAUCACUGGUGCACCUCACUCCAGGCAGCUUUCCCCAGCCUCCUUCUGCCUGCAUUGUAUAUCUUGUCUAACGGGUGGGCAAACAAAUCUCUAGGGCUUUUUGCUACUUCUAAGCUGCUCUUAAUGCUAUUUUUUUUCUGCUGAUAUAAUCUACAAGUGAGAACUUUUUCUGAGACGUGAAAAGUUUGGAAGAAGCAAACUGAAAGAUAACUGGCGGUGGCUGUCCAAGAACAAAGAAUAUACAGAAGUUGAGGAUAUAAUAUUUUUGUUUUCAGCCAUUGAACGGCUUCCCAGCUUCCUCCUACAGAGGUGCAGUACCAGUGAGUAUUAAUUGUACUGAGCUAACUAGGUAUGAAAAAUUCACUGGUACAGAACUUCUAAAAGUGUCAGUUCAGUGGAAGAUCCUUCCUGGUGUGUGACAUGGCCUGCAGAAAAUUAAUCUUUCUUAAGCAAAAGAAGCCUAGAAAAUACUAAUUUCUUUUAUUGUUAAGAACCUGGACUUGAGUCAAUAUACUGUUAAAAUUUAAUCUCCUGAGACAUCAUUCCACCCCCAACCUGGAAGUAGUAGGAAAAAAAAAAGUACCUCUGCCAAUGCAGUGUCUGAGGAUAUGAAAAUGUAAUGAUUGCAAAUAUUGCUAGGCUACUAGUUAUCUGUGCAUCUUCAUACUACAUAGGAGAGACUCCACUAUUCAAAAAACAUUAUAUCCCUAUGUAGCAUGAAGAAUCACUGACACAAUAAAAUCAAAAUUUAAGUGCAGUAUAAAAUUGUAUAUUUUCCACAGGAAUAUGAAGAGUUCAUUUUAAACUUUUUCUAUUGAAGUGUCCAUUAAACUGAUAACUUUUUACAGAAACUGCCAUCUUAGAAUUAUCCUGUUGAGUGGGUGUUGGUGUUUGUAACAAUAACGUUGUUUUCAUAAUAUGUGAUGGCAGAUUAGCACGCUUCUCUGCAGUGUUGUUAACAGUUGUAAUUAAGGAAUAAACAGUAAAGGGUGUCAGUCCGAUGACAAUUUCAUCUAUAGUGUCACAAUACAAAAUGUCACAAAAUAUUAGAACUGUUAUAUAACUACAAAAAUAUCAAAUUAGGCUUUCAUCUUACAAGCUGAGAGCUUAAAAAAAACUUGGCAUAGAGACCAUUGCAAUUUUAUACCUACUCAGUGUUCUGUCACAAAGACAAGUUGGUAAUAUUUUCUUCUGUAAACUCACAAUGUGAUUCUCAAUCUGAUUUAGUGGGAAUGUGUAUGGAUCUUACAGUUGUAGAGCUCACAUUUAAAAAGCAAAAAAUUCUGACCAUCGUGUAUAAUAGGUUUUCCCUUGUGUGCUCAACAUGAAGGGAUGGAUGAGCAGUUAGUUACUAACAAAGAAUGGGAUGCAUCCUGUUCUUUGCAUCCAAAGGGAGAUCACUUCAACAAAAAUCUGGGCCCCUAACUUUAUACGUGCAAAUAAUCUGAGUCUUUAUCUCUUCUGACUCUGCCUAACCACUGGGACACAAUGCAGAUGUUCACUAUCUCCUUGCCCUUGUGAUUUCCCCUGGAAGGAGAUCUAGGUGUGUGAACACUGAGUGCAUGGGUGAGAAUUUGGCAGCGUGCAUAAAAGGCACCUGCAGGCAGGGUUAGAGCAGUUACUGCAGUUAGGUGCUCACAUAGCAUGCUUGAGAGUAAAAUGAAAUUAUCUUCAAAGAAGGAAUUUAAUUUUAUUUCCUGCAGUGUAACUUUAGAAGGAAUAGGACAACUAUUUCAAGGAAAACUAUGUAGGAAUAUGUCCAGAAAAAGAAAAACUGGAUGAAGAGAAACAUUUAAAGCAGGAAUGUGUGUAGGUGACUGUUCUCAGAGACAAGGGCCUUCAUGUCGGCCUGUGGUUUGAAACAAAUAAAUGCAAUUGCCUGUGACUGUGAAAUAGCACAAAUAGGGGCAGGGGUGUCUGCUGAGUUGAGGCAUGCAGUGGCAGGGACCAUAAUUAUAUGGUAUCUCCUGUUCUACUUAGAUUUGUUGAGUUUAAUUUACCAUGGCUGGGCUAGCUUGAUACUUGCAUUUUUAUGGAUACAGAUUUGAGAAAGAAAAUAUUAAAUGUUAGUGUGCUUUAAAAAAAUUUAAGAAUCUCCCAAAGUGAUUUAUACUGAUAUGAUUUAAUAUUGUUCUCCUAUGAAAUCUUGAAUGGGUAUUCAUCAAGUCAAGACAGUCACCUCAAACAUGUUGAUUCUAUGUAGUUAUACCCCAUCUUAUCCCAAGCUUUUAUAUAUAUAUCAAAAAAAUAAAAUACAGAAAUUAUAUAUAUAAUCUGUAAUUUCCUACUCAUCAUGAGUAAUUUUUUUCUCGAAAGAACCUCACGACACCCUUCAAAAAAACAAAGAAAAUAAAAACAGAAAACAAAACCAAACAAUAUUUAAAAAAUAAACUUGGUACUCUAUAGUCUUGACUUGCUGCUUGCCCUUUUAUGUUACUAUAUAUGUAUACAUAAGGUGCAGUGGUCCUAGGGGCCUGUUGCUUCUUGUGCUCUUCUGAUAGGUGGGAGACAGCAAUUGUGUAAAGAACACUGAGAAAAUCCAAAGGUUUCUCCUUGGAAAUCUUGAAAGAAGAACUAAUUAAUUAUGCUUUUUUAGGUUAAUGCACUGGUGAGUAACCCGAAUACUAACCCAGGAGCACAGCCUGCUCACCCAUCUUGUCACCUCUACCAUCACAUUCCAAGCUUUUUUCUUUCUCAGUUAUUCUGGCUGUGGGGGCAGGAGCAGAAGGCAAGGCAUGUUACUUUUCCCUAGGAUAAGAAAUUUCUUACUCUGCAGAAUCUUUCACGAGCAUAUUUAAUUUGAGAGUACAUUUGAAAUAGUAAGUUUGUUUAGAUGCAUAUCUGGCACUAUGGUAUUCUCUUGAUUGUAUUUAUUUAAGGUCAUGUUUUCAUAGAAGUUAGGAGCUAAUUUUUAGGCUGAGCUUAUAGUUCUUCAUUUCUGUCUUUUUCAUUCACAUAGAGCAGGUUGGGAUGUAGAUGCUCAGUUUGAGCUUGUUGGUACUGAAAAAUAAGAAAACCAAAUUUAAAUGUACUUUUAGAGGUUAUAUCUGAAAGAAAACAUUGUUUACUCCAUAAUGGUAAUUUUCAUAAUAUUUUAAUAGUUGUGUUCAGAUACAACUUGACCUUAAAUAUCACCCCAAAUGCAAGCUGUUUUAACAUAUUUGUAAUGCUAAGGUCUUCAUUACUGUGAUAUUCUGUUUGCUCAAGGAUUAUAAUCCAUGGAUAUACUGUGUUACAGUUGAAAUAAAGCUUUGAUCCUGUA